AUGGCGGAUCUGCUGCCUAUGAUGCCGUCUAUGACAAACGCGUAUGUCGUCUGGCCCGAGCUUUACACGUGCCUGGUCGACGCGGCCCGUGUUACGGUAUCCGUUAUGGACAUGGAAUUGACCCAAACCGCCGAGCUCGUAGACGCCAAGUAUAAUAGACCUCGCAAGCUUUACGGUGGACCAGAAGAGACGAUAUAUUUCCGUCGCGAGGUGCGAAAAUCGAGUUUUAGAAAGUUUGGAUCAGACUGGUCCGUGUCCGUCUCGCGCGCCGGCGAUUUCUUCCUGUACAGUUGGUUGGAUAUAACACUACCCUCAGGUAAGCUUAACAACAACGACCCCAACAAGCGCCUGCAUUGGACACACAAAGUGGGUCUAAACAUGCUCAAGCACGUUUCUCUAACCUUUAACAACAUAUGCGCGUUCAGCUUUGACAAAAUUUCGAUGGACUUCUGGACCAAUUUCACGACCCCCACGUCGCACCCACGUACUUCUAACGGAACAAAUCCUUCGGCCCCAACAAAUGCCACCGAUGCCGCCGCCUUCGGACCAACGCACCUCCCCUCUCAUGGAUAUAACCAAUACCAAUAUCGACUUUAUCACCUACGCAACGAAUCCCGCGCACAACUAUUCCAAGCUAAAAUAUCCGGGCGCAUCAGAACCUACUACGGUUUUAAAGGGCUGAUACGGAUCCUCGACCGCAUCUGGCGCUAUGAACGGCUGCCAAACCACUCGUUUCGCCCACGUCUGACCGCCCAAAGCAAUACUCAAUCGGUCAAAGAUAUUGCGUAUCAAUGA